UAGACUCUUCCUCGGAGCUCUGCGCGAGAUAACCGGGAGUAGUUGGAUCGUGAGUGGGAAGUGAACAGUAUGUACAUCUUUUGGAUCAGUUCCUGGAAGCUACGGUCACCCGUCUUCGAAUUCCAUAGACAGGGUUUACUCCCUCACUCAGAUUAGAACUUAAUCACGUUGCUCACUGUAGCGCAGUGCAUGCGCACAAUUGGCACCGCGCCUCAUAUGCGAAUGGAGAUACGCCAGUCCUAGUAUAAAUGUCUGGGGUGGGCUCGGGAUGUGCACACCUGACCUUGUUCCUGCUCUCUGAAGGAUCAUAGCACUACAAGUCAGCACCGGUCGUCCAGUCAUGUCUUCAAACUCUAUUACCGAAAAGGAGGGCUCAAAGGACAACUACUACGUCCAGACCGUUAACAUGGACGCCCCAUUACCCCCUGCACCACAGAUGCAGCCCUACCAGAGGACAUUCGGUAACCCUGCACCAUUGGGAAUGCUGGCCUACGGUACCGUCUUCCUGUGCUCGUCAAUAUUGACGCUCGCCUCCAAGGACGUUGGUGGUCAAGCCAACUUGGUCUUGGUUUUCGCCACCUUCUAUGGCGGUAUCUCACAAACACUUGUGGGCAUGUGGGAGAUGUUCCUUGGUAACACGUUCAGUGCAACAGUCUUUACUACCUACGGAGGGUUCAACUUAUCUUAUGGUGCUCUCUACCUGCCUCAAAUCGGCCUUGCUUCUGCAUACUCCGGGCAGGAGUUCUACAACGCCAUCGGGAUCUACCUCGCCAUAUGGGACUUGAUUACGUUCGUCUUCUUCCUUGGCGCAAUCCGCACAACAGCCCCCAUCAUGGUAACGCUUGGAUUCACCGUUUGCGCGCUCACUUGUCUUUCAAUAAAUGCUUUCACCGGUAACGAGCACUUGGCAACUGCAGGUGGUGCCCUUGGUAUCAUCGCUUCCUUCGGUGCAUACUACGGCGCUCUUUCGCUCUUCUGGACCCAACAGACCACAUUCUCGUUUAUUCGCCUCCCUCCUCUUAUCACAGCCCCUUCCAACGUCUAAGUACUG